AUGACACACGUCAUUCCUAUCCCUCUCAAUGCUCAUCCAAUAGGCCGACUUCCCCCAAGCAUGUGGUGUAGUCGUGCCAUUGGAUAUAACCCAUCUUAUCCAUUAAGAUGCUGGGUGCUUCUGUCUGAUUGGUCAGCUCUUGAUCCAAUCCGUUUCUGCAUCUCUCCAAUUGCUUCUCAUCCACUCCUGAAGCUUCUCCUCUCUCUCAGUAGUUGGUGUUGCAUCCUGAUUCGUCCAAGUCAAUUUCGUCUCCAUUUAUCACCUCAAUGUCUCCGUCUGAUUGGUUUGGACGAUUCUUGUCUCAUGAGCAGCUGGGUGUCUCUCCCUGAUAGCAUUAGGUCUUCUUGGAGCUUAUCCACGCCCUCUCUCCUCUUUAGCAGCUGGUGUCGUUGCCCAAUUGGUUUGGCUUGCUUCGUCUUCAUUCGGUAG